UUUAUAAAAGACAACAACACAUGUUCCUCUGACAGAACAACAACAGAACAUAAAAGUAAAUCUCUGUAAUAAGAAAAACCCAGAAACCAAAGAAAGGAGCUUGCUUUAGGCCACUUAUAGAAAGAUCAUGGAUUCAGUGAAAUCCUUCAAAGGAUAUGGAAAAGUAGACGAAGCUCAAGAUCUAGCAUUAAAGAAAAAGACAAGAAAACGUCUGAUUCUACUAACCGUCUCCGGCGUAAUCCUCGUCGCGGUGAUAAUCGCCGCCGUGGUGGGCACCGUGGUCCACAACAAGAACAAGAACUCACCCGAGCCAACACCGACUUCACCUCCCGAGUUAUCACCGUCCACUUCGCUCAAAACCAUUUGCAGCGUGACACGUUACCCCGAAUCUUGCUUCAACAGCAUCUCAAAGCUUCCAUCUUCCAACACGACAGAUCCUGAGGCUCUGUUCAAGCUCUCGCUAAAGGUAAUCAUCGACGAGCUCGACGGGAUUUCCGAUUUACCGGAGAAGCUAUCGAAGGAGACGGAUGACGCGAGGAUCAAAUCUGCGUUGAGGGUGUGCGGGAAUCUGAUCGAAGACGCGUUAGAUCGGCUCAACGACACCGUUUCGGCCGUGGACGACGAGAGCAAGAAGACUCUAAACUCGUCGACAAUAACCGACCUCAAGACAUGGCUAAGCGCGACCGUGACGGACCACGAGACGUGUUUCGACGCUAUAGACGAGCUGGCCGCGAACAAGACGGAGUACGCGAACUCGACGAUCACUCAGCAGCUCAGAUCCGCGAUGAGCAGCUCCACGGAGUUCACGAGCAACAGCCUCGCCAUCGUGUCGAAGAUCCUCGCCGCGAUUAGCGACUUCGGGAUCCCGAUCCACGGGAGGAGGAGACGGCUUUUGACGAGUCAGCAGCAGCAGGAGAUCCCGGAGUGGGCAAGGCGGAGGUUGUUGCAGACGGAGGGUUUGAAGCCUGACGUGACGGUGGCGGCUGAUGGAACCGGAGAUGUGAAGACGGUGAACGAAGCGGUGGCUAUGGUGCCGAAGAAGAGCUUGAAGAUGUUUGUGAUACACGUGAAAGCUGGGAGGUACGUUGAGAAUGUUGUGAUGGAUAAGGGUAAGUGGAAUGUUAUGAUCUACGGCGACGGGAAAGACAAAACGAUUAUCUCCGGCGGUAAGAACUUCAUCGACGGGACCCCGACUUACGAAACGGCGACGUUCGCUAUACAAGGGAAAGGAUUUAUAAUGAAGGACAUCGCAAUAAUAAACACCUCCGGAGCAGCGAAACACCAGGCGGUGGCGUUCCGAUCAGGCUCCGACUUCUCCGUUUACUACCAGUGCUCAUUCGACGGGUUCCAAGACACGCUCUACCCUCACUCCAACCGCCAGUUCUACCGCAACUGCGACGUCACGGGGACCAUCGACUUCAUCUUCGGAAGCGCCGCAGUGGUUUUCCAAGACUGCAAGAUCAUGCCACGUCAGCCUCUCGGGAACCAGUUCAACACCAUAACGGCUCAGGGGAAGAAAGAUCCUAACCAGAUCUCCGGCAUGUCGAUCCAGCGGUGCAGCAUAUACGCCAACGGGAACGUGACCGCUCCGACGUACCUCGGCCGGCCGUGGAAGGAGUUUUCCACGACGGUGAUUAUGGAGACGGAGAUCGGACCGGUGGUUAAACCUGUCGGGUGGAUGGCGUGGGUUAGCGGCGUCGAUCCGCCGGCGAGUAUUGUGUACGGUGAGUACAAGAAUACGGGUCCUGGUUCGGAUGUGACAAUGAGAGUUAAAUGGGCCGGGUAUAAAGCGGUUAUGACCGCGGAUGAGGCAGCUAAGUUUACGGUGGCUACGCUUUUACAUGGCGGUGACUGGAUACCGGCGACGGGAGUGACGCAUCAGCUGUCUUGAAUUUAGUGAGAUUAUUAAUACUUUGAUUUAUAGAUUUUUCUUUUAUAUGAGAACAUCUGAUUUCGAUCUACAUGUACCUUUUUUUUUUUAAUUUGUUUGACACGGUUGUAUGGUUUGUAUUUUAUCAAAACUUGGUUGUACU